ACAUGAUGAAUUAUUGUUUCCAGACUAGACAGCAGGGAGUGAGGUGGGUAGAUUACUCUCAUUCAUUCUUAUUUAUUUAAUAUAUAUAUAUACACACACACAGUGCACCUUGAUAUAACUUGGCAGUUUAAAAAUGGUGGAAGGAGCAGGGAAUGUGUCCAGUUUAAAGGGAACAAAGUUUAUUCUUUAAUAUAAAGUAUUGAUACAGUAGGUUGUGCAAUAGAUAAGUGAAAUAGAGCUGAGGUAACAGUUCAGUUACAACAUGCAAGUGUCCAUUUGGCCGGUCAGUUCAGUAGUCUGACAGCCUGCAGGAAGAAACUUCUAGAGCACUUGGGCUGGGUGUUCUGUAGUGUAUAUCCAAAUGGGACUGUUGUAAACCGACUGUGUGAGGUGAGAUGGAUCUUUUCUAAUGCUGCAGGCGUUCAUUCCAUGCUGUCAGAAAAACAACCCAGUAAUGUAGAAGGAAGCAUUUCCCACCCGCUCCACUACUUUCCUUUGAGGCAUUGCUAACAACGUGCACUUGAAACUGUGUACCGUUUCCAUUGUAGUACCAUUGAUGUGCAAGUGGUUGUGAGGAACUUGCAUCAUUCUGAUUUGCGUAGUCUAUCUUACCGACAUUCAGAGAGUGAUUGUUGUCCUUGUACCAGGACUCUAGCUGUCACCUCCUCUCUAUAAUGUCAUUUUUGGUGAUGAGGCCCAAAAAUGUACUUGUGUGCAAGAACAUUUAAGGUUAUGGAUAUGUGGUGUGGUUAUAUAAGCUUGUAGUAUUUUCUAAAGGUCGUGCCUUGUAAUUGGCUGUUCUGUUGAUAUUGAUUGGUAUUAAGGAGGGAACUGCUGGAAGAAGGUAAUCAGUGCUGCCUAAGCAGAGUAGGUUUUGUUUUUGAUUGAAGAAGAAAACCUAUCCCUUUUCUCCCAAUUUAUUUUUAAUUGACACGAUCCUUCUCUUUGUUGUGACAAUUUGGUGGCACGUUUUGGACCACAUGAUCAGCACAUGCAGCCUAUUGAUGGGUGUGGUCUCCGGGGUUGGUAUAAUGCAAAACAGACUUAGUUUCAUGAAAUGUGAGCACAUUGUGAGUAUAGGUGUGGGUGAGAGAGAGAGUAACAAAUUGAAAGAAAGGUGUCCUAAUGUUGUUUAGCACUUUAGUUCACAUUACGUCUCAUGACUUUUAUUAUCAGAUUUCACCCUUACAUCAAGACUACUUUGAUUAGGAAUGAUAUUUGUUGGAUUUUUGGAUUAUUUUUAAUGAGCACAAAUUCGCUAUAGCUUCUGCACUGUCAGUCAUUCUACUCGUUACCCUUUGUUGGAAGUUGAGUGUUUAGAUUUCACUACAAUUUUUAAUAUCUCACCAGCAUAUAUUGUGAGCAUACACUUAGUAAUAAUGUCAGGCUGGUGUUUUAAAGGGGCUAACUUGUAGGCCUUUGCAGGAAAUCAUCUCAGUUUGUCUUUUAAUGUUUUAAAAAUAAACAUCUGAAAAAACCUUGUAUAUUAUUUUGAGAUUACGCACUUUCAAAUAUGAAAUAUGAAACUGGAACAUAUACUUUCAAAGAAGAAACUGCGCCAUUGAAAGGGAUUCAGCAUUUUCUUGGUUAUCGGAAACGUGACCGUUUUAAUUGACGGUAGAAAUGGAAUGUGACGAUAAAGUGCGCCUCCACACAAGACGACGGCAGACUUGAGCCAGACCACCCAAAAUGUCGCAACGAAGGAGCGAUCAUAUCGAGAAGAAUGCCGGGAAAAUGUGCGUGUGAAUGAAUGUUUAGAAGUGUAAAGCUAUUUUAUUAGCACAGCGUAACAGCUCUUUGAACCGAAUUACAUGGUUUAUUGUUCUUUGUUUAAAUAAUAAAAUACAAAAAUGUCGGGAAGUGCUGGCGAAUGGUGUCUCAUGGAAAGUGACCCUGGUGUUUUUACAGAACUGAUAAAAGGGUUUGGAUGCAAAGGUGCGCAAGUUGAGGAAAUAUGGAGCAUGGAACCAGAGAACUUUGAAAAUCUCAAACCGGUUCAUGGCUUAAUUUUCCUCUUCAAAUGGCAACCUGGUGAGGAACCAGCUGGUUCUAUUGUACAGGACUCGAGACUUGACCAGAUAUUUUUUGCAAAGCAGGUCAUUAACAAUGCUUGUGCAACACAAGCAAUUGUCAGCGUGCUGUUGAACUGCUCACAUCCUGACAUGCACCUGGGUGAAACACUGACAGAGUUCAGAGAAUUCUCACACAGUUUUGAUGCUGCAAUGAAAGGGCUUGCUCUCAGUAACUCUGAAGUGAUUCGACAAGUUCACAACAGCUUUGCCAGGCAGCAGAUGUUUGAGUUUGACGCAAAAUCAUCAGCGAAAGAUGAGGAUGCAUUUCAUUUUGUGAGCUACGUGCCUGUUAAUGAUAGACUGUACGAAUUAGACGGACUUCGUGAAGGACCUAUUGACCUUGGUGCUUGCAACCAAGAUGACUGGAUUAGUGCAGUUCGGCCAGUCAUUGAAAAAAGAAUACAAAAGUACAGCGAGGGGGAAAUCCGUUUCAACUUGAUGGCCAUUGUGUCAGAUCGUAAGAUGAUUUAUGAGCGUAAAAUCGCAGAACUUCAGACCCAGCUAUCAGAGGAAGAGCCAAUGGACACAGACCAGAGUGGUAAUCUCCUCAGUUCCAUCCAGUCAGAAAUUGCCAAGUACCAGCUGCUGAUUGAGGAGGAGAACCAGAAGCUUAAACGAUAUAAAAUUGAAAACAUUAGAAGGAAGCACAACUACCUACCGUUUAUCAUGGAAUUACUGAAGACACUUGCUGAGUAUCAACAGCUGAUACCCCUGGUGGAAAAGGCUAAAGAAAAGCAAAGUGCCAAAAAAAUUCAAGAAGCAAAGUAGUAAUUGCACAUUUGUCAGUCCUUUGUGUAAUUUGCCAGGGAAUCUGCUGGUAUCCUUUCACCAUCUGUACUAAGAGCACCUUCUAACAUGAACUUGUGUGGUGGUUGCUGUUAUAUUGUUGAGAAGCAUCAGUGCUUGCAUGCAGACGGUCAUUUAAAUAAACCUGUCUUAUUUUCAUAUAAAUUCCAUUGUUGUUCAGAAGUACUCUGGUUGAAUUGUUUUUUUGUUUUGUUUUUUCCUUUCCAGUAAAUAGGAUAAAAUCAGACUCUUGCGUUUGUCUGAUUUUUAAAAAAAAUUUUAUUUAUUUUAUUUAAUUUAUCAGUAUUACCAUCUUUCUUCAAAUGAAUUUUCUGUAAGUAUUAAAAGUUAAGCAAUAUUCAUUUAAAUCAUGCUCAGACAUGAAGAAAAGUGAUAAACAUGUCAUGCUCAUGCAUGAUGAUAAAUAGCUGUUAUGCAUCAAAAUGCUAUUUAUUUAUACAGAGCCUAAGAGGCUUUAUAAAAGUGUGUAAUAGAAAAAAAAAACAUGUAAUUUAAUAAUCUGCUCAGUAUAUGGUUAAGAGAGCACAUUAAUAGUAAGCCGUCUGUAAGCGUCCAAUAGUUCAGAAUGCAGCAGCAAGGGGAAAGGUAUAUUUACCCUGGUUUAAUUCAAUUUGUACUGGUUACCAAUUUGAGUUCCUCAUUGACUUACAAAAUCAUUGAAUUCUGCAGUUUAAUUCUUUUGUUCUCCACUUUGUGGUCAUAAAAUAUUGCCAAGUUAA